AUGAUGAUGAUGAAAGUAGAAGAGCUGGUGACCGGGAAGAAAACUGAUGAUAAAGAUACCAGCAGCUUCCUCCCUGAGGACUUCAAAACUGGAGAGUAUGAAGCUGCCGUAAAAUUAGAGAAGCAAGAUGACCUAAAGACAGCCUCUGAUCACCUACCAACCCAAGUAGAUAUGGCUCCCGGGAAGCAGAAGAAGCAUGAGGCAGAGUUGAAGAUGAAAAAACUACAGGAGAGAUCAAAACUCGAAAGCUUGGAGGACCUUGAAAAAAUUAUUCAGCUGAAGAAGAAGAAGAAAUGCAGGAAAGUGAAAGCUCCCCUUUUAAAGGAACCCGAACCAGAAGUUAUUACAGGGCCAGUGGAUAUAGCCAUGUUCUUCAGAGCUGCACUGGAGAAUAAGUUGCCAGUAAUUGAAAAAUACUUGUCAGACAAAGGGGAUCCCAAUGUCUGUGAUGAGUACAAGCGUACUGCAUUGCACAGGGCAUGCUCUGAAGGACAUCUAGAGGUGGUCAAGAAGUUGGUGGAAGCUGGAGCCCUCCUUGAACUGAAAGAUAUGCUUGAAUCUACUGCCCUGCACUGGGCAUGCCGGGGAGGGAGCCUGGAUAUUGUGAAAUUCUUACUGGACAAAGGAAUAAACAGAAAUGCAAGAGACAAGCUGCGCAGCACCCCUCUGCACGUAGCUGUGAGAACAGGGCAGUACGACUGUGCUGAGCACCUCAUUGCCUGCGAAGCAGACCUCAACGCCAGAGACAGAGAAGGUGACACGCCGAUGCACGACGCUGUCAGGCUGAACCGCUACAAAAUGGUCCGGCUUUUGAUUCUCUACGGGGCAGAUCUAACCAUUAAGAAUGGCGACGGAAAAACCCCUAUGGACCUCGUUCUUCAGUGGCAGAAUGGCACCAAAGAGCUGUUCAACAAUCUGAAGAACAACUCCUAUAAGAGCACCCAUCUAAACAAGUUUUGA